UUGGGAGGUCACCGUAUUAACGGCUACUUUAAUCUCUACGACGACGAGGAGCAUGCGCAACCCGAAGAUGAUCACGCAUAUUCGACUGGCUCUUCGGUAGUGUUCGGCUUAGAUUUCACUCCGUUUUCCAGCGGAAACGAGUGUCCCACCAAUGGAGACGCCCAUCCCUCGAGCUUUGCUCCAGUCAUUUCUAUCGAAAGAGAAGGAUCGUCUACUCUCGGCGGUGAUACCUCUGUAAAUGGUGGUAGUGGUGGCGGUGUUAGCAGUGGUGGAGUGGGCCAUUUUGGCCAUCUUAUGAUAAGUGACUUAACCCCUGCUGGUGCGCUCAGCAGUGGGUUUGCCUCCGGAACAUCGUCCACUUCAGAGAUGUCAACCUAUGGCUCAUCAGCGAUCGGCCCUGGGUCUGGUGGAGUAGCGAGUUUGUGCGGAGGACUGCCAAGUAGCACAAGCACAAGCAGCUCGGUAAACGGAGACGGAUCUCGCGGCGGAGGGUGCACCUCCAGUUUGGCUGGGUGA